CAAUUCAGCCACAUCACAAGCAACAUGGGUCCUGCCAACAUCAAGCUAAAUCCUAUAGGGGCGGCAAUGUUUCUGGCUGUAGCGUUAUGUUUAAUAAUAUAUGCAUUCGGUGUUCCAAAAUGGUUUAACAGAGAACCUACUGUUAGUAUGAAAGAACUCUUGACAGCAAGCAUCGAAUUAGCCCGGCGUGGAGGAACGAAAGUCAAAGAUAUUCGACUGAAAAACAUUUUGGAAGAAAAAGUGAAAGGGAAAACGGCAGAGGGAGCGGAUGAGAUGUUAACGCAGGGAGAUUCAGAAUCGAAUAGGGCAAUUGUAUAUGGAAUGUCGAAAGCAUUCUCCGGUAUUGAGAUUAUAUCGGAAGAGACAGAUUUAAAGCCGGUCAAUUUCAAAACAAUUGAAGAUGUUAGCAAAAAACUUGAAGAAGUAAAUAAUAUUAUCAAGGAUGAUGAAAUGGUGCCAAAGAAAGACAUCACAGUUUGGGUAGAUCCCUUGGAUGCCACCAAAGAGUAUACAGAAAACUUACAGAAAUAUGUCACUGUAAUGAUUUGUGUAGCAGUGAAAGGAUCACCAAAAAUAGGGGUCAUAUACAAACCAUUCCUUCAACAAAUAGCAUGGGCCUGGGUCGGCUACGGUCACUCAGAAAACCUUAAAAAUGUUCAGAAGAGUCCAUCAGAUGGAAAAGUAAAGCUUCCGAAGAAAAUUAUUGUGUCACGGUCACACAGCGGACCGGUGGAGAAGAUUGCUAAACAAGCUUAUGGCAAUGAUACCCAGAUUAUUCCCGCUGGGGGUGCAGGUUACAAGACAUUGGAAGUGAUCAGUGGUAAUGCUGAUGCAUAUGUGCAUACAACACUUAUAAAGAAAUGGGACAUUUGUGCCGGGAAUGCCGUCCUGUCGGCUCUAAACGGCAAAAUGACGACACUCGAGGGAGAUACUAUUGACUACAAAGCCGGAGGAGAUGUAAAAAAUCAUGACGGACUUUUAGUUACCUCUGCCGUUAAUGAUCAUUACGAAUUCCUAAGUAAAUUGUCUAAGGUUGCAGAAGAAGCUAAAAAGUCUGCCACUUCCAAACAUUGACCAAAUGGGUUUGUUUUUGUUUAUAUCAGUAUUGGGCAUAUAUGGUGAUGUAACGUGGGUAAAUGUUGAUAGGUGUUAUUUUACAUUCAUUGUAAACAGGAUCUCUUCAUGUGUAAAUAGUGAUGAAAAUGUCAUGUCAUAUUUUUAGAGAAAGUGUACAUAAUCAUGUUAUGUAAUUAUCUGUUACAGUGCAACAAAGUUACUACAUCGUAUGAACAUGUUUAUUGCAUAUUUCUGAUUGAUUCAUAGUCGUGUCCCUUGGAAUGGAACUCUUUUUGAACCUAGAAUUACACCCGAUAAUAAAAUUUGGCCUAAAAUCUAUUUUAUUAUAUAUUCUUGGAAACAGAAUUGAUAUAGAUAGUGUAUCCAGUUCAUUGUUUGUAUGUCUACUACAAUGUACCAGUAAUACUGGGGUAGUGUAUUCUUCAUUUCUUUCUAAAACAAACAUACUCAUUUGACAUAUACACAUGGUGCUUGUUUAGAAACUGGUUCUUACUGUGAGUAUAAUAUACUUUUUCUGUUCAUUUUUGUUAAAAAUCAAUUCAUUUUUUUACAGUCAUUUGAUACAAUAGAAAUAAGAGGUUAUAAUUAAAAAAAAAAAAAAAUGGGUUUUUUUCACAGUUAGGUAGCAUAGUACAGUAGCCUGAUCCUUAAAAUAAAGGGCAUGUCUCAGAUGAACAUGGAUAGUGGAUUCCUCAUGUACCACACACCUACAUGAUAUAUAUAUAUAUAUAUAAA